AUGCUUGGCUUGGCAUGUAUCAUCUCCGAUCCCAGUACUCUGCCGCACGACUUGGUCGAACACGAGCGCGAGGCCAUCGUCGCCCAUUUCAACGCCAUCCCUAUGGAUGCGCACGCGAGAAGCCGCAUCUUCGAAUUACAUCUGCCGGGAAGGCCCCCGUUCAUCAUCAAGCACGGCAGCGACGUCUUAAAUGAGGCGUACACUCAGCACUUCUUCUAUCGUCUCCCCCGUAACGAUCCGCUGGAUCCUCACAUCCCCCGCGUUUUCGACGCCUUCUCCGCGGAUGACUAUUGCUUCCUCGUGAUGGAAAAGAUCCUCGCGCCAACGCUGAAGGACUCCGGGAUUUCAGAAGAGGAGGCCGUAGGCCACGCCGCCCGUGCCGUCAAAUGGCUGCUCGACCAGACACCCUCGGUUCCCGCUUCUGUGUUCGGUCGCAUUUCCCCUUCGGACGACCCCGUCUGGCAUAGAUUCUUCAAAGACCACGAGGCGCCGCGUGCCUUCGACCCCGACAUGCUCCUGAAAUACAUCGACAAGACUCAGCUCGAGGCCUCCUUCAAGGCGCGCUCCAUCUGCCAUUCCGACAUCCGCGACGAGAACUUCCUCCUCGGAGAGGGCAAGACAGUUUGGAUAAUCGACUUCCAGCACGUCAGCGUGCUGCCCCCGGUCUUCCUGACGUUCGCGUUCUUCAAUACCGGUCAGAGGUUCGCCUCGGCCGUCGGCGGACGACUGGGGUAUCGGCCUUCCGCCGUCUCCGACGCGAUUGGGAAGGCCUCGUCCCUGGUUCGGCAGUGUGGCGGGAACGCCUCACUGGCCCGCCAAUCGUCGGUUGAAAUCUCCGUCGCGCUCCGUGGGCGCCUGAGCCACCAAGGCUGA